AAAACCGUAUAAAAAGAAGCAACAUUAUUUCGAAGAAGAAGAAAUUAAAAAAAAACUUCCUUUUUUUUUCAAUUUCUAUGAUCGAUUCUCCGCGGCCAUGAAACCGAGUUUCGAAUCCGUUUGAUACGUAAAAGGCUCUCUCUCUUUGCUUGUAUUGGUGUGAUUAUGGGCGCGAAUAUCUCAGGUGGUUCGACGGAGUUUGACCGGAACAGUGAACCCAGAUUAUCUGAUUUGCCGGAGAACUGUGUAGCGUUGAUCAUGAUGCGUCUUGACCCGCCGGGGAUUUGUCGGCUUGCUCGUCUUAGCAGAGUCUUCCGUCGCGCGUCGUCAGCUGAUUUCAUUUGGGAGUCGAAGCUGCCUUCGAAUUAUCAAGCUAUUGCACGGAAGGUGUUCGAUGAAAUUACUCUUAGAAAGUUGUUGAAGAAAGAUCUCUACGCGAAGCUUAGCAGACCCAAUCUCUUCGAGGGUGGCACAAAGGAGCUGUGGAUAGAUAAGAACACUGGUCGUCUCUGUGUAUCGAUUUCUUCAAAGGCUUUAAGGAUUACAGGAAUUGAUGACCGGAGAUACUGGAGUCACAUCCCAACCGAUGAAUCCAGGUUCCAGUCAGUAGCAUAUGUUCAACAGAUAUGGUGGUUCGAAGUAGGAGGAGAGUUUGAGAUCCAGUUUCCAUCUGGAACAUACAGUCUCUUCUUCCGUGUCCAACUCGGUAAAACAACAAAGAGACUUGGACGGAGAAUCUGCAACUCCGAACACGUUCACGGAUGGGACAUAAAGCCUGUUAGGUUCCAGCUCGCAACUUCAGACAACCAACAAGCUGUUUCGCUGCUUUAUCUGAACUACAACAACCCUGGACACUGGAGUCACUAUCAUGUCGGGGAUUUCAAAGUGGAGAAUCCGGAUAUAUCAACAGGAGUCAAGUUCUCGAUGACUCAAAUUGAUUGCACUCACACGAAAGGUGGCCUGUGCAUAGACUCUGUUCUUAUUGUACCUAAAGAAAAUGCGAGGAAGGUCGUUGAAUCAGAAUAGUUAUAUUUUUUUUUGUAGAUAUAGAGUGGAGAUUGUUGUAAAUGGUGAGAAGAAUCAUUUUUAUUUCUCGAUCUGGAACUUGUACACAUGGUUGGGUUGUCUCUGGUUUUGUCUGUAAUUACAGUGAUUGUAAGAGACUAAGGUAUUGAACUUGGAACAAAAAAAUGCUUCUUUUUCAGCUAUGUAGAAUCAGUUUUGUUCAGAUGAG